AUGUCCACAAGUAACGUAUGGAGAGGUUUAGCCUCUUCCCAGGCUCCGAGCAUGUAUUCUCCAAAUCGCGCCGCACACUCUCAAGACGUCCUCCCUGGGUAUCAUUCGGGUGAUGUUGCGGCUCGAGCGGCAUCAGCGCCUAUACUGGCUGUUCGACAAUUCGAGUCCCAGCCUUUACUCACAGCGGGCGAUGACCAGGGCGAAUGGCACCCUAUGGCGCAGCCGACGAUGCAAUCUUGGACCAAUAACCGUGCCAGUUCGAAAAAUUCUGACACAACCCGAGAGUUUCGAGCACCGGCUGAUUCAUGGCUAGCGGAUUCGCACGGAAUUCGAGAAAGGGCUUAUGAAGAGAAUGCUCGACGGCGAAAAUCACGCGUUUGGCUCAAGGUGGGGGCUGUGGCCCUCAUUAGCAUCGUCCUAGUCGUCUUUCUUCCGGUCUUCUUCCUCGUUAUAAGGAAGAACCUCCAUAAGAACCGUUUUACAGGUGGGGAUGGGUCGGUCGUAACCCUCCAGAACGGUACCAAAUUCACGUACAAAAAUCCAUUCGGCGGCUUCUGGGUCGAUGACCCGUUAGACCCAUUCAAUGACUUCGCCCGACCAAACUCAUGGACUCCGGCAAUUAAUGGAGAAUGGCGUUGGGGGAAAAAUCGAGUUUUUGGUGUGAAUCUUGGAGGAUGGUUGGUCCUCGCCCCGGUCAUCACGCCAGACAUCUUCCAGCGAUAUCCGAGCGCAACGGACGAGUUUACGUUAAGCAAGUUGAUGGCGGCGGAUACGGUGAAUGGUGGGCUGGCGCAGCUGGAAGCUCACUACAAUACCUUUAUUACAGAACAAGAUAUUGCUGAGAUCGCUGGUGCCGGCCUCAAUUUUGUGCGGGUUCCUCUCCCGUUCUGGGCGAUCGAGACAUGGGAUGGGGAGCCGUAUUUGGAAAAGGUUUCGUGGAUAUAUUUCCUUCGUCUUCUUGGGUGGGCUCGAAAAUACGGGUUGAGAGUAUGCCUCGAUCUACAUACCGUUCCUGGAUCGCAAAACACUCACAAUCAUGUCGGUCCUAAUGGCACCAUAAACUUCCUAACAGGCAACAUGGGUUUGGCAAACGCACAGAGAACGCUGUAUUAUAUUCGAGUCCUAACAGAGUUUAUAUCACAACCGCAAUAUCGAGACCUGAUCCCACUCUUCAAUGUUGUCGACGAGCCUACUGCCCCUCUCGAUGAGCUCACGAGCUUCUAUCUUAAAACGCACGAUAUGAUCAGGAGCAUUACCGGCCGAGGACCUGGAAACGGGCCUUACAUCGUUAUACAUGAUGGCUUCCAGAACGCUUCGGCGUGGACUGGAUUCCUACAGGGCUCUGAUCGCAUUGUCCUGGACGAGCAUCCGUUUCUAGACCUCGGAGGCUUAGAUGCCGACCCGGUUGCUGUCCUCGGUGCGACUGGACAGCCUGGUGGAAAAUGGCCCGCGCUAGCUUGCUCUAGCUUUGGUCAAAAUAUUGAAAACAAUCGACAGGGAUUCGGCGUCACUAUCGCCGGAGAAUUUUCCGUUGCACCGAAUGAUUGUGGACUUUUUUUGAACGGAGUCAAUUCAACAUCCGCGAACCCUGAUUGCUCGACGUAUAACGACUGGGUGAAUUAUAAUAACUCGAUGAAGGACGGCCUUUUGAACACUUUCCAAGCUAGCGCAGAUGCUUUGGGGGAUUGGAUAUUUUGGACUUGGAAGAUCGGCCCCUCCCAAGCUGGGACGAUCCAAGCGCCGCUGUGGUCCUACCAACUUGGUCUACAAAACGGAUGGAUCCCAAAAGAUCCCCGCACGGCCCAAGGAAAAUGUGCUUCCCUCAAUGUCAACAUCAGCUUUUUCCCAGGAAAUUUCCUCCCAUGGCAAACGGGAACUCCAUCAUCGAUUCCAGCUUCUUCGAGCACCCAAUUUCCGUGGCCGCCAACAUCGAUCACAGCUGCUAACGUACCAAUUUCUUUGCUGCCGACGUAUACCAAUACUGCACCAAUAAUCAUCUUGCCUGUGCCAACGUUCACGGCGGCGCCGAGUCAAGUCACGCAAGGAUUUAAUGGGUGGUUUAAUCGUAAUGACACGGAGGGUGGGGCUGUCAAGGUUACUGGAUGUCCUUACCCUGAUGAGUACUCCGGCUUUUUUGCUGUGACGCCGACUGCUCCGUGCACUGGACCGACGACGUCCUCGAUAGCGUUGGGAAGACGGUGA